AUUGAAAAUUCAAUCGGACAAAAAAUAUUUUAAGCAUAUUUAUAUUCCUUGCAGGACUCGAGAGGGACCACACCACACCCUUCUUAUUUAUGGCUACUGAAACCAGAUCAUACUCAGGGAGGUGUAUUCUUAAGAACAUAACAUCAUCCUCAAGCAAAAGCAGGAGUCGACCGACACAAGCAAACGCAAAAUGGAAGAGAAGCAGAGGCAUUUUGUGUUAGUGCAUGGAGCCGGUCAUGGAGCUUGGUGUUGGUAUAAGGUGGCAGCAUUGCUGAAAUCAGCCGGUCACAAAGUUACAGCUUUAGACAUGGCUGCUUCAGGAGAAAACCCAAGGCAGGCAAAAGAUCUCCAUUCAUUCUCUGACUAUUAUGAGCCACUAAUGGAGUUUAUGAUGUCUCUGUCACCAGAAGAGAGGGUGGUUAUAGUAGGGCAUAGUAUGGGUGGUUUCAGCAUUUCUGCUGCGAUGGAAAGGUUUCCUGAAAAAAUAUCUGUUGGAGUCUUUGCUGCAGCUUUUAUGCCAGGCCUUGAUCUCAGUUCUGUCACUAUAAGAGAAGAGUUUGAUAAAUAAGUGGAUUCCUACAUUGACUCACAAUAUAUGUUUGCUGAUGGACCAAACAACUCCCGAAACUCCUUAUUGCAUGGGCCCGAAUUCUUGUCAACCAAGUUGUACAAUCUUUCUCCAGCUGAGGAUCUAAAUCUAGCAACACGGUUGGUAAGACCAAUGCCUCUGUAUAAACCAGCUGAACAAAAUAUAAUGAUCACCAAAGAGAAAUAUGGAUCUGUUCGUCGAGUUUACAUUGUUUGUGGCCAAGAUAAUAUACUAAAGGAGAGGAUUCAGAGAUGGAUGAUUGAAAAGAAUCCAGCUGAUGAGGUAAAGGUUAUAGCUGAUUCUGAUCACAUGGUCAAUGUUUGCAAAUCACCAGAACUCUGCUCUUGCCUCUUGGAGAUCGCCGGGAAAUACUUCUGAAUUCCCCUUUUAAUGGCCUGCUCAUUCUGAAUAGAAGAUAAUCAAACAUGCAUGGAGGAAACUGAGAAAGUAAUUUGAUGAUGAACAUUGUCUAAUAAUACUUUUAUCAGGUGUGUUUGCUUCAAUUUGGUACAUAUAUUAAAUCUGUGAAAAUUUAUUUAUAAUAUAUUGGACUAAGAUACCAGUUGAGAUAUUAUAUUUUUAA